AUGGAUCUAGAUUCAGAUGAUACGUGGUCGGACACCUCUGAGGAGGACGAAUCCCAGCCUAACCCGCCAUUUGUGUCUCGCGCCUAUCAAAUUGAGAUGUUCAACCACAGUAUGAGAGGAAACAUUAUUGCUGUUAUGGGCACUGGGAGUGGGAAAACACAAAUUGCCAAGCUGAGAAUAGAAGCGGAGCUGGAACGUUCCCCAGGCAAGUUGAUAUGGUUUACCGCGCCGAGCGUGGUCCUAGCGUAUCAGCAGUACCGUUUCCUUUCCCAACAGCUGCCGGCCUUCCAGUUCAGACUCAUCACCGGCGCGGACACCCCCGAAAAGUGGACGUCCAAGCAGGUUUGGGACCAGGUCCUCCAUAACAUCCAGGUCGUUGUUUCUACCCCCGCCGUCCUCUUCAACGCCCUCAAUCAAGGAUUCGUGUCAUCACUGGCCGCCAUUUCAUUGCUUGUUUUCGACGAAGCCCACCACGGGAUCAAGAACUCCCAGCAGAACGAAAUCAUGAGAGUUCAUUACCACCCCCACAAUAAGCCCGGGUCAGGGGUCGAACUGCCUCAUAUACUUGGCCUGUCUGCAAGUCCAAUCACGGGGAGCAGAAUGCAAGAGAAAGAUGUGUUGGAGAGGAAUCUCAAUGCCGUUUGCAGGAGUCCGUUGCAGCAGCUGGAUGAAUACACAGCUUUCCUGACCAUGCCAGAACUGAUAAGAUUGACAUAUGGUACCGCUGAGCAACGUCCUUCUGAAUACUAUCUGGCGUUACGAAGCGUUGUCUCUGCCAUCCGUUUAGAUGAUGACCCGAUUGUCAAGACUCUCCGCAACAGAAGCGAUGAUCUCGAAGCGCAGACCCAGCUCGAGAAGAUCUUCAGAAGGAAUGGUACGCCGGCCAUUAAAGAACUACAGAAAUUUCAACGGUCGAGCACAGGCAUACAGGAGACUCUGGGAAACUGGGCUUGUGACAUGUUCAUCAAGAAUUGCACUGGGAAGGUGGAGAUGAAAGAGUUGCACACGAUUGACCGUCCGAUCUCCGAUUCAUCUCCUUCUCAGAACUACCGGUUCAUCAAAUCCUGCCUUCGGCCUCUUCAUGAGCAGAUACUGUCGGGGAGCUUGACCAUGUCUACGGAAGACAGCAUUUCACCAAAGGUCCGGGUUCUCCUCGACUUCCUCCAAAAGAAGCAUCGCGCAGAUCUUAGAUGUCUUGUAUUUGUGAAAGAAAGGCAUGCAGCUUGGUGUCUCACUGAGAUUCUCAACAAUCACCCGCUCACCAAAGGCUCCUAUGAAGCAUUUUCCUUUGUCGGACUGAGUGAUCCAUCGUAUAAGGGAGCAUUUGAUUUCACAAACCUAAACCGUCAACUUGACAACCUCGAGAGAUUCCGAAGAGGCCAGCUCAAUAUCUGUGUGGCAACUGCGGUGCUUGAAGAAGGUGUCGAUGUGCCCGCGAUGAACCUUGUGAUAUGUUUCGAUGAACGACCGACCUUUCGAAGUUUCGUCCAAAGCCGUGGCAGAGCCCGGCAGAGCAAUUCAAGAUUCGUCAUCCUCCAAGACAACGCUGUCAAGGUGCAAAAAUGGCAGGCCCUAGAGAAAGAAAUGGAGCAGGAAUGUCAGAAUACUCUUCGGGAGUUUGAAGAGCGGCAGCGUAUCGAGAGCAUGGAUGAAUCCGAGUCGGAAAUUUUCAGGGUUGCGUCUACAGGUGCCACAUUGACAUAUAGCGGAGCGAGACAACUCCUGAGUCGAUUUUGCGCCAAGCUACCCCGGACCGACGAGUGCGAGCAAUCAAGUCCGAUAUUCUACCUUGAGGGCGAACCUGGCGUCGAGUUAGUGGCGAAAGUAGUCUUGCCGGAUACUCUUCCUCCGAGCUUGCGCCAGGCAGAGUCAAAGUUUACCUGGCGAACAGAAAGAAGGGCCAAGCAAGACGCGGCCUUCCAGGCUUAUCUGGCGCUCUACCACGCCGGAGUUGUGACAGAGUAUCUGUUGCCUCCAGAAUGGCCCAAGAAAGAAGACCCCGACGGUUCAAUCGAAAAACGAGACCGCGAGUACGACGUACAGAACCAACACGACCCCUGGCCAACACUUAUGAAACAAUGGGCGACCACAGGCCGAGUUUACACCCACCGUUUACAGGUUGAGGCUGUGGAUUGUGACUAUCCUGCCAUGCUUCUACUCCUCCCCCAACAACUCCCCAGUCUCUCUUUUCCCCUUUUUACGGCGCCAUCCAGCAGGAUACAAGUGAGUGUGAGUGCCGGACAGGAGGCACACGAUUUCCCCACAGACCUGGGCCGGGACAUAAGUUAUCUUUUCCUGGACACCAUCCUUGGAAGAAGACUAUGUGGUCUCGACAAGCAACAACUGCCGUUCCUUCUCGUUCCCGACCUGGACUUACCAUCGAUUCGAGAGUGGUAUCGGACGGCGUCUCGCACCAUAGCACUGACAGACUUUCUCGAGACGCGUUCUGACUUCCAUAAACAAUAUCUUGUGCAGCGUAAGCGUGAUGUUCCUUGCAUUUGGCAGCCCGUCACACGACGGGACCGCGGCGGCCGAUAUGAACCGCAGCUCGAGACAGUGGACGGCAUUACCACAAUCGUCGGAACCAAGCUUCCCCGGAAGCUGGACUAUCUGAUACCCACACGAGAUGAUUCAGUAACAUGCUCUGCUACGCGCAAACUCUUACCAGUAGAUGAAUGUUCUAUUUUGGGAUUAUCCGUGGAAUACGGUCGGCUCAUACUGUUCAUACCAUCGAUCACGCACAUGCUCGAGGUUGCUCUGCGGACGGUGGAAGCCUGUAAAGGACCGUUAGUUAGCCUUGGCUUUGACAGCAUUGAUCUCGUGUCUGAAGCAAUCACGACCCCAGCCGCGGGGAGUCGAAACUAUCAGCGCCUCGAGUUCCUCGGUGACGCCUUACUCAAGUUCUACUCCUCACUCCAAGUUUUUGUCGAUAAUCCAAACCACCCAGAGAGCUACCUUACUCUAGACCGGACCAAGAUCAUCAAUAAUGCACGGCUGCAAAGAACAACCCGCGCCCUGGGACUGGAUCAAUACAUCACUCGGAAGCCAUUCGCCGGCAAGCAGUGGUCCAUUGGCGUCAGCGAUCCGCAAGUACAGGCCCAAAAGCUGCCCGAGAGUCGGGUGUCGUCCAAAACAUUGGCAGACGUGGUCGAAGCGGUAAUCGGAGCUGCGAGUCUUUCCGGCGUUGGGCCAGGAGACAAGGAUGCAAAGGUCCUUUCGGCACUCAGGCUGUUCGUUGAAGAGAUCUCAUGGAAGCCCUUGUUGGGGAACAUUGCCCAAUUCGAGCUUCCCAAAACAUCUUUGAGCCAUAAAGCCGGGGCGUUGCAGUCGGUCGAGUCCUUGAUCGGCUACUCGUUCGGGUGUCAUGCUCUCCUGGCACAGGCCCUGACUCAGUCUAGUCUUGGAGGCGAUGCUCUCUCGUCGUACGACCGACUUGAGUUCCUAGGUGACGCUAUCCUCGACCAGAUUGUGAACGCGAAGCUUUUUCACAGUUCUCUCCAACUUGACCCUAGGGAGAUGACUCUGCGACACCACGCCCUCGUCAACCAUGCAACGUUGGCGUUCUUCGCUCUCCAAACUUCAACUGCCCGCCGCACAUUUGAUGUGCAGAUGGAUGUUGGCACAGAACAGUCUGUGAGUGUGGAGAAGACUGAGACGGUGUACCUGCCCGACCACAUUCGACGGACUGGCACUCCUGCAGCGCCAUUGCAGCGACGAGCCACGUUGGCUGCCUACGAGGACGUUCGCUCUUCGAUUCUUGAGAGCUUUGCCAAGGGCAAGACGUUCCCCUGGAGCGAGCUCCUCCACGUCGGGGCCCCGAAACGCUACUCGGACAUUGUCGAGUCAAUCCUCGCCGCCGUGUUCCUCGAUUCUCAGGGCGACCUGACGGCCUGUGAAGCGGUGCUCGAGAAGAUGGGGUACAUGGCGCUGGUGCGCCGCCUCGCCACGGAUAAGGACAUCGAUGUGUAUCAUCCCGAGGAGCUCUUCUCCCAACUUGCAGGCAAGUAUGAUCUUGUGGCGCAGCAGAGGACGAUCAAGAUCCAGACCAACGAAGACUCGGGGAGGAGAAGUUGGCGGUGUAAAGUCAUGUGUGAGGGGGAGAGAAUCGCCUUCUUCAAAGGCGCGACCUCUAAAGAGGAAGCGCAGUGUCGGGCGGUGGAGAAGGCGUUGGAAGUGGCACGCCGCAAGGGGUGGAAGGAGCCUGUCAAGCCGCAGUCCGACCGGGACGGCGAGAACCACGCAGCUGGACACCACGACGCCGAGGACGAUUGA